AUGUGUGUAUCAAUAACUAAAACUAACGUUGACCAGGAUAAAAAAGGUUUAACCAAGUUCGCAAUCAUCUUCAUUGCAGUGGUUUUCACUAUCACUUCAACCAUCCUCCUCACCAUUAUCUGUUGUAUUAUCUAUAGAAGACAUAAGGAUCACAGUAAUUAUUCCCUAGCAUUAUCAAGUCCAUCAACGGAGAGGGACACUGAGAAACCAAGCGACUUUCAACACCAUCAUUUGGAGAUGCAAUCAAUCUCACACAGAGACAGUGAUAUGUUUGAAGAGGAUGAUGUCCGAGGAAGCCUGCAGGAAGAGCGAAGUAUAAGAGAUGACAUGAACAGUAGUCAAAAGAAUGAUGAAAUUGAUGGUGAUAUUGAUUCCUUGAACCUGACCACACCAAAGAAAGUGAAACGAGACAUGUUUCUGCAACAGAUCUCCAAUCUCAGACCCUCUGCAACCGUCUUUCUUGCCAUGUCAAAUGAGGUGAAGAUGCUGUUAGAUUCUGCCAAGCAUGGUAACCCCAGAAUAGAAACAUUCAAAGAUGUGGUGAGAGACUUGUCACGAGUGCUGUUCAUUCUCAACAAGAAAGAGAGCGAUGUUAAGAUGCCACCAGAUGGUAUUGAACUACUUCAGUGGGCAGCAGCUGCUAUUAAAAAAUAUGAAGAAUGCCAUGAAAUUGCCGAUCAAGGAAAGGAUUGGAAAGGGAUGACCCCUGAGGUCACAAAGACUAUGUGGAUUGAGUCAAAAGAUGAAGCAGUGUUUAAGGAGGCUCACAGCGAAAGUGCUUUGAUAUGAAUGACUCGUUUAUAUGUGUUUGCUCAUUAAUUUUGAGUCACAUUGGAGGUAUUUAUCCUAUGCACUUAGUUGAAGUAAACAUUGUGUAUCAAUAAUUCCAUUCUUAGGGUUAAUAAGUAAGAGAAUUUAUAUUGUGAGGGCAGCCUUACAGAAUAUUUUAUUGUGUAAAAAAAUCAUUGGUAAAAUUUCAGCUGAUCACAUCUAUCAUUAAUCACCACUACCAAGAUAAAGGAAUAAAUGAUAGUCGUUGAAGAAUUUGUAUGAACAUGGAAGAGCGUCAGACACUGAAAUUUGAAAGAUUUAAAUGGAAGGUGGAAGGGUAUGAGUAGUGGGCACUGGCUUUAGAGGGCAGCAGGGUCUGUGGAUAGUAUGCUACAUUGUAGUAGGAGUGGCCACAGGCUACAGUGCGGUAGGAGUGGCCACAGGCUACAGUGCGGUAGGAGUGGCCACAGGCUACAGUGCGGUAGGAGUGGCCACAUGCUCUACAGUGCAGUAGAAAUGGUGACAAUUUGUACAGUACAGUAGAAGAAGUGGCCACAGACUACAGUGCAGUAGGCGUGGCCACAGGUUCUACAGUGCAGUAGGCGUGGCCACAGGCUCUACAGUGCAGUAGAAAUGGUGACAAUUUGUACAGUAAUAGAAGAAGUGGCCACAGACUACAGUGCAGUAGGCGUGGCCACAGGCUACAGUGCGGUAGGAGUGGCCACAGGCUCUACAGUGCAGUAGAAAUGGUGACAAUUUGUACAGUACAGUAGAAGUGGCCACAGACUACAGUGCAGUAGGCGUGGCCACAGACUACAGUGCAGUAGGCGUGGCCACUGGCUCUACAGUGCAGUAGAAAUGGUGACAAUUUGUACAGUACAUUAGAAGAAGUGGCCACAGACUACAGUGCAGUAGGCAUGGCCACUGGCUCUACAGUGCAGUAGAAAUGGUGACAAUUUGUACAGUACAGUAGAACAGGUGGUUAGAGACUACAGUGUAGUAGGCAUGGCCACAGGCUCUACAGUGCAGUAGAAAUGGUGACAAUUUGUACAGUACAGUAGAACCUGUUUUAGUAAUGUUUACCUCUCUUUGAUAUUCCUGUUUUCUCUUCGGUUUACAGGAAUAUCUACCACUCUGUCUGUUACUCUUUAGUUUAUACUUGUAUCAGUGAUGUCUACCCUUCUUUUUCUCUCUGAUGAUCCUAUUUAGUAAGUGUUGGGUUCUCUUCAUGUUAUGCUAGUCUGGUGUCGGUGAUUUCAACCUCUUUCUUAUGUUACUUUAAGUUAACUUAGACAGCACUCUUGGUUUUCAUUUUUUAGUUAAUUAUUCUUUAUUCCUUAUUUACUGUAGUAGAUUGGUGUGAAAGUAUAAUUAUUGUACAAUUUAAUAUUCUUAAUUAUAUAAAAGUUGACUUCAGUAUAUUGGAGUAACUUUCAAGUGACAACUCUAUUGUAUUUAUUUACAACUUAUGCAUGACCAGUGUCUUCCUAUGUGUUAAAUAAGAAAGCAUAAUUAUUCUCAAUUAUACAAAUAUUGACUUCAGUAUAUUGGAGCCAGUGUCAUAUUGUAUUUAUUUACAACUUAUAUGUGACCAAUGUCUUCCUGUGUGUUAAAUAAGUAGCAUUUGAUUUUGAUAGUGUUUCUGUAGUUAAAAUAUUGUAAGUAAAUAUUCAGCAUAGUUAUGGCCUUGAAUAAUUCAUGUAUGCUGAAGUGAUAUCAGAUGUAUAUGUGAAGCUGGGCACUUACAUUGUCGCACAACAAACUCAAAUCCGCUCCCUGUGUGAGUCCUAGGCGAGGCGACACCGUCUGCCGAUUGUCAUUGGCAGAAAAGGAAAAACCUGAAUCAACUCAAUAUCUUCUGUUUAAAAUGCUGUCUUUUAUUGAGUUUGUGGUGAUUUUCAUCUCUCAAAUUUCAAUCAAUGUCUAUUAGCAUUAAUGCAUAUUUGUUAUAUUUAAUUAGAGUGGGUAUGUACAUUGUAGGUUUUGUGGUUCACCACUUUGCCUUGAAACGGAAUUCUGUCUCGAAAAGUACUACCACAAACUAGAGGGCGUCCUUCAAAAGAAGUGAUAUAAACGUAAAAGUCAUUCGAAUCAAAUGCGCUCUGUGUCUAUAGAACACAUGUUCGAAUUUCAAACUCUAUCUGAUUUGAAUUCUAAUAGGACGCUCCCUUUCUUGUGGUUGUUACACGUUUUUCGUUUCAUUGCCUUCAUACAAAAUAAAGAUAUUCGAACCUCUUGCCAUUCUAUACCCUUUGCUUAAAGUGAAAGUUAUGAGUCAAAAGUAAUUUCUCACGGUUCAAUAAGUCUGACUUUAACCGUUUUAUUUUAAAAGUAUAUUGUUUUUUAGUGAUUUGAUCAUUCAUUGUGUUUAUUGGUACUGUAAAUCGUAUGAAGGUUCAUUUUAUGCUGCAAUGAAGAUUGCUUGAAUAAAAUAAAAUAGAUAGUAGCACUAAAGUGCAAUACUUGAACAUCCUAUAAGCAAUGUAAUUAUAAUUAAAAUUAUUCAGAGGAUUUUCUAAAAAUUAUGCAGUCAUAGUUGUUGAUAUUGCCCAAAUGUUUGACAUAAUUGUACAAAAUAAUUUUAAUAGGAACUUUUUUUUUAUUGCAUUUUAUAAAGUACUAUAUUGCGAUUUAUAAUUGUAAACAGAUUGAUUAAUUGAAAUGUUCAUAUAGAGCUGUUUACAGUAAGUAGAUAGACUUUUACUACAAACAUUUGAUAUAGUAUUCUUAUUUGUUUACAAACAAAUCUUGCCUAGAAGUUAUCAAUUAACAUUAAUAAAGAUUAGGUAGACAGCCCUUCACAAUCUAUCAAAUUAAUUAAAGUUUUUAGACUGUAAAGUCCUGUCUACCACAUCUUUAUUUGUAAUUAUUUGAUAUGUUUGUUCGUAAUAUUAAUUGCUAUGCCAUGGCAUAAAACUAUAAAUAAAAAAGAAUAAAAAUCAUGGAAAAAAAGUUUGAUGUUAUAAUGCCAUAUAGUCAUACCACCAAUUUAAGUUUGAUGUAUGUCUUUCAAGUAUACUGCCACCAAUCAAACUUUCCGCUGAGCUCAUAUAUAUUGUUGCUAAUGACCCACAAAACAGCAGUGUUAAAACGUCAACAAACACUGUGAGACAACACAUCUGUUUGUGAGAAAUGCACGUAUUCCUGGCCCUGUUCUGAUUGGUCAGUUGUUAAUUUUGAUUGACACUCCGGAACGUUUCACUUUAGUUUCCGUUUAUUGUUUUUUUUCCAUUUAUAUAAAUAAUAAUACAUACAGCAGAUAUCAUAAAUAGAAGGAUGACCAACAGAAAGGUCCAUUAAGACGCCUGUAUACAGUAUCAGCGAAAUUUGUUAUAAAAUAGAUCUGUUCGCUCAAUAGCGUAAUUGUACUAUAAACGUGCGUUUGUGGGACAAACCAUGCGUUUGUAGGACAUGCGCUUAUAUCUAGUCCUGUUUUUAAGUUUGAUUGACAUUCCUGAAAGGUCCAUUGUCCUUUGUUUAUACAUUAUUGUUAUAUUAUUUCUUGUGUCACCUUGAUCUCUCACAUACGUUUGUUGUAUUUUGCUAACUGUGCUUUCAAAAUGUAAUGUUUUAUUUAGUCAUAAUAAUAUAUUAAUACAGUGUAGUACGUAUUCAACUUUAUAAAAAGAAAUACAAAUUUCAAUAUUGUUUUA